AUGGUGCACCAAAAAGUCCGCGACUAUUUCCAUGCGGAUUAUAAGCCUGGAGAGCGGACGCUGAUUCGCAAGAUUGACUUUUUCAUCUUGACGUUUUGCUGUCUCAGCUACUUUAUAAAUUAUCUUGACCGCUCCAACCUCGCCAAUGCUUACGUCUCGGGCAUGAGAGAAGACUUGGGCUUUGUUGGGAACCAGCUCAAUGUCAUUAAUACUUGCUUUACCGUUGGCUAUGUCUUGGGUCAGGUCCCCUCCAAUCUUUCCCUCUACUAUGUCAAGCCGCGCAUCUGGUUCCCCUGCAUGAUGCUCUGCUGGGGCGGCCUCACCAUGGUUACCGCCUCCGUCCAAAAGCCGCAAUCCAUCAUGGCCAUUCGCUUUUUCCAAGGAAUCUUUGAGGCCUCUACCUUUGUCGGUACGCAUUACAUCCUUGGCGCCUGGUAUACAGAACGCGAAUUGGGAAAGCGCAGCGGCAUCUUCACCUCAUCGGGUCUCGCCGGUAGCAUGAUUGGUGGCUUCAUCCAGACGGGCAUUCACAAAAGCCUCAACGGCCGCAGCGGACUCGCAGGAUGGCGCUGGCUCUUCAUCAUCGAUGGACUUCUCACCAUUCCCGUCGCUCUGUACGGUUUCUUCUUCUUCCCGGACACACCCCGCAACACAACGGCCUUUUAUCUUACAGACGAUGAGAAGGCUCUGGCUGUGGCCCGCGUUCCUGUCGUUGAAGAGCAUUCGCCCAUCACUUUCCGCUUUCUUAAGAAGGUCCUUUUGUCCUGGUACUGGUGGGGGUUUGUCAUGCUCUGGGUCAUUGCCGGAGAGACGGAGUCGUUUUCUUCAAACUCACUUCUUGCCCUCUACCUCAAGAGCCAUCCCACAACCAAGUACACAGUCUCUCAACUCAACAAUUACCCUACUGGAGUACCUGCUGUUGGAAUUGUUUCGACUUUAUUCUGGGCUACACUGACAGACUUCUUAAACGGCCGGCGAUAUUUAGUAGGGUAUUGGAUCGGAAUAACAGGAAUUGCCACGUCUAUCAUGGUCUUGGUAGCAUCACACAACCCAACCAGCUCGCAUUCUACCUCGGUGACAAUGGCCGCUUAUUACUGGGCAGGAUCCGUUUACGCUUGUCAAGCAACCUUCUUCGCCUGGUGUAACGACUCGAUGAGAUAUGAAGAACAUGUCUUCCGAGCUGUCGUUUUGGCUGGAAUGAAUUUAGGAAAUAACGCAGUGAAUGCAUGGUGGAGCAUCAUCUUUUACGGAGCUUCUGAGGCUCCGUGGUUCAUUCGUGGAAUGUGGGCAAUGAUUGCUUGUUGUAUCGCCCUCGUGAUCUGGACCAUUAUUCUAGCCUACACGGACCGCCGUGAUAGGAAGAAUCGUGAGCUUGACGAAAUUACUGGCACACUGAGCAUUACGGUUGAAAGCAAGGAGAAGGAGUAG